GGAGGCUUUGAAUGUGGCACAGCGAGCUGUCCUCAUUUCAUCCUGAACGCUGACCACCACCCACGACAAACUCCUGCUUUUAUUCCAGAAGUUAGCCCUUGCCCCUUACUGAACUUGAUCGUCGCUUGUAACGUUCGUCAUGAGGUCCAAAUUCAAGGACGAGCACCCGUUUGAGAAGCGCAAGCAAGAGGCUGAACGCAUCAGGCAGAAGUAUCCUGACCGUAUUCCUGUAAUUUGCGAGAAGGCCGACCGGACAGAUAUUCCUACCAUCGACAAGAAGAAGUAUCUGGUACCUUCAGAUCUGACAGUUGGGCAAUUCGUCUACGUCAUCCGGAAGCGUAUCAAGCUUGCACCAGAGAAGGCCAUCUUCAUCUUCGUAGACGAGGUUCUUCCACCGACGGCAGCUCUUAUGAGCGCUAUUUACGAGGAGCAUAAGGAUGAGGAUAAUUUCCUUUAUGUCAGUUAUUCGGGUGAGAACACGUUUGGGCAGGAGGGUUGGAUUGAACUAUAAGCGCGCUGUCGACGGUACAUGUUCACUCGCGGUUGGUAUUCCUGGAAAGCCUUAGAUCAUCUUGGGCAGCAAGCGUCUGAUCUCGUCUUCAAACCUUCAUCAUUGUCUCCAUCUCCAUACCCUUUUCCUACAUCCGCUUUGCUCGCCGUCUGUACUCUAGUUAUUACUUCUGGCUCGGUUGCCUUCGGUGUCUCAAAUCGAAUUGAUUGCACUUGUAUAUGGAUAAUUAUCUUUCAUUCUAGCAUAUCACAUAAGCUGUUGAAGGUGCUCUUCAGGAAAGCUUCAGCAUGAUUAGGUUGGCCUUAGUGAGAUCAUUAGUUGUAAGUAGGUUGUCUCCCUUUGAA